GAACAGAGUCCAAAUGAAAGUGGGGAUGAAUCUAGACGAAAUUACGAUCUUACGCCACCUCACUGCUCGUGUAUAUAAACCCUUCUCUGCUCUUCUUUCACCUUCGUACUUCCACCACCACAUUUCUCUAGCAGUAUCCAUCACUAUCACCUUCAGAUUGAAAGAUGGAAUCUUUUUUGUUCACCUCCGAGUCUGUCAACGAGGGACACCCCGACAAGCUCUGCGACCAGAUCUCCGACGCCAUCCUCGACGCUUGUCUCGAGCAAGACCCUGAAAGCAAAGUCGCUUGCGAGACAUGCACCAAGACCAACAUGGUCAUGGUCUUCGGCGAAAUCACCACCAAGGCUAACGUCGACUACGAGAAGAUCGUCCGCAAAACUUGCCGUGAGAUCGGAUUCAUCUCCGACGACGUCGGACUAGACGCUGACAACUGCAAGGUCCUCGUCAACAUCGAGCAGCAGAGUCCCGACAUCGCUCAAGGUGUCCACGGUCACCUCACGAAGAAGCCUGAAGAGAUCGGAGCUGGUGACCAAGGUCACAUGUUCGGUUACGCCACCGACGAGACCCCCGAGCUCAUGCCGCUUAGCCACGUCCUCGCGACCAAGCUUGGAGCUAAACUCACUGAGGUUCGCAAGAACGGGACUUGCGCGUGGCUUAGACCUGACGGUAAGACGCAAGUCACCGUUGAGUACUUCAACGAGAACGGAGCUAUGGUCCCUGUCCGCGUCCACACUGUGUUGAUCUCGACGCAGCAUGAUGAGACUGUGACCAACGAUGAGAUCGCAGCUGAUCUCAAGGAGCACGUGAUCAAGCCCGUGAUCCCAGAGAAGUACCUUGACGAGAAGACCAUCUUCCAUCUCAACCCAUCUGGUCGUUUCGUCAUCGGAGGUCCUCACGGUGACGCUGGACUCACCGGGCGUAAGAUCAUCAUCGACACUUACGGUGGUUGGGGUGCACACGGAGGUGGUGCUUUCUCCGGAAAGGACCCGACCAAGGUUGACAGGAGUGGGGCUUACAUCGUUAGGCAAGCGGCUAAGAGUAUUGUGGCUAGUGGGCUAGCUAGGCGUUGCAUUGUGCAGGUCUCGUACGCCAUUGGUGUCCCUGAGCCGUUGUCAGUGUUUGUUGACAGCUACGGAACUGGGAAGAUACCAGACAAGGAGAUUCUUGAGAUUGUGAAGGAGAGUUUUGACUUCAGGCCUGGGAUGAUCUCUAUCAACUUGGAUUUGAAGAGAGGUGGUAAUGGUAGGUUCUUGAAGACUGCUGCUUAUGGUCAUUUCGGAAGGGACGAUGCUGACUUCACCUGGGAGGUUGUGAAGCCACUCAAGUCUAACAAGGUCCAAGCUUGAAAAACCAGUUCUCAUGUUUUGUCUUAUGUUUCAGCUCUAAGAUUAAUUAUUAAUUAUUUUAUCAUUAUGUUAUUGUUGUGGUGCCAAAGUUUAAAAAAUCAUAUUUUGUAUUUCUUGUUUCUUUUUCAGAAGAGAAUUAUAUAAAGAUUAUAUUCAAUAUUA